UUUUAGUAUUAUAUUCUCUGUUGGUUAACACGCCAAGAAGGAAAGAGGGAGAGAGAGUAUCCAAUAAACUGCUCCGAUCUCUAUAAAUUAGAGAACCCAGAAGAGAGAAAGAGAGAAGAGAUUUGGGAUUACUGAAAUCCGAAAUUUGGAGUUUGAAAGAUUCUUUAGAGAGAGAAAGAGGGAGGAGAGAGAAAGAGAAAGAUGGGAGGUUGCUUUUCGGAUGUGAGAGGAGGCCAACAAGCGGCGGGAGGGGCCCAACAAAGGCCCCUACAGAGGAACGAUGUUGGUGUUGGUGGUGGCGGCGGCGGCGGGGGCCACAAUGAUGCUGUUGACUACUUCUUUAAAACGAAGGGUCUUGGUGCGCUCUUUACACAGAUCGAGUUAUCUCUGUCGGCUUCAAAAUUACGCGAUCGUGACAUCAUUUCAAAGAGUGAUCCUAUGGCAGUAGUAUAUGAAAAGAAAAGAGAUGGAACCUUAGAGGAAAUUGGCCGUACGGAAGUGAUAAUGAACAAUUUGGAUCCUGCUUGGAUUGGAAAAAUUAAUGUUUCGUAUCAGUUUGAGAUUGUUCAGCCUCUGAUCUUUCGUGUGUACGAUGUGGAUACGAAAUACCACAAUUUACCAGUGAAGAUGCUGAAGUUGAAAGAACAAGAAUUUCUUGGUGAAGCCAGUUGUGUAGUAUCUGAGAUAUUGACUAAACAAAGUCGGAGUUUGACCCUUCGCCUUCACAAUAAAAAUGGGCACAGUGGUCUGAAAAACUUGGGGACACUAACUGUCCAUGCAGAGGAAACUGCUGGUUCAAGAAAUGCUGUAGAGAUGACAUUCCAUUGUUCCAACUUGGAUAACAAGGACCUAUUUUCCAAAAGUGAUCCUUUCUUGAGAGUAUCUAGGGUUGUUGAGACUGGUAUUUCUGUUCCAAUUUGCAAGACAGAAGUCGUGAAUAACAACUUGAAUCCAAUGUGGAAGCCUCUAUGUCUCACAAUGCAGCAGUUUGGGAGCAAGGAUAAUCCAUUAGUUAUUGAGUGCUUUGAUUUCAAUAGCAGUGGCAAUCAUGUACUGAUCGGGUAAUUGUUCAAUUUAUUCGUCUUGUUAAUUCCUUUUUUUUUUUUUUUUUUU